AUGGACGAGGCCCCCAUCAAGGCCGAGGGCGGCACCCGCCAUCGCGCCGGCUACAAGUCGUACAAGAAGAAGUACAGAAAGAUGCGCAUCGUCUUUGACCAGAAGAUGCAUGAUGGCGAGGAGCUACACAAGCAAGAGGAUAAGGCGGCUGCGCUCGUGAAGCGCCUGGCCGUGGAGAAUGACCUUGCGCGCAUCAUCGCUGACCUGUCCCCUUUCUUCUUUGACAGCCGCCUAUUGGACAUAUUACUCGAAAUCAACAACUCGCCUCAAAUCCCCCCCGAAAAGCAGAUCGACCUCGCACUCGAGCCCUCGUCUGACCCCAAGGCAUUGGUACUGCCCCUGGAUCGAGACCAUACGGACCGAAAGGAAAAGCCAGGGAAGAAACUUGAAGAUCUCAUCAAUGGCGUGCCGCAUUCAUCAUACACCAAUGCUAAGGAAACCCUACCGUCCAUCAUCAGCGAGCUGAAGGCCCCUGAAGGCGAAUCGCAUCCUUCCGAUUUUCUCUCCGCCGACGACAUUGACAACUACAUCUAUGAACUCGACACCAGCAUCGAUCCAGAAUCAACCAUCCCAACGCUCGCUCCCCGCGCGCAUCCAAACACACACCAGCCUACGAACCCACAUCUGAAGAACCCAACUAGCGUAACUAACUGGCUACGCAAGCACGCUCCGAAGAUCUUCCUACAGGACGGCGAAACUCACGGCGAUGCUGAUGAUGGCGAAGGCGGCCACACUGGAGGACGUAAGACACGAGGCACUCGGGGCGAGCGCGGUGGUCGGGCCAGCACAAGAGGUAAACGUGUCAGCGCCGCAGCUCGCGCCUCAGCAGCAGCAGAUCGCGGCGACUGGGACGCCAGCAUGGACGAGGACCCUGACUUUGCUUCAACACCCGUGGGCAGAGGCAAGCGCAAGAGGAACGAUGACGAUACCGGCUACAAACCUCGCGGUUCGUCGACACGACCGAGUAAGAAGAAGCGUAAGAGCGAAGUCGACGGAACGCCCAGUGUGCGCAAGUCCAAGAAGGAGGCUGCUGCGGCCCGGGACGACUAG